AUGCCGGAUCUAAUAGGGCAGCAGGUGUCGUUCGCGCUCGCGUCGCUUUCCGAGGCGCUGGCCCACGCGCGCCGCGGCGCGUACGGCGCGGCAUCCGCGGCGGCGCGCGGCGCGCGCGCGGCGGCCGACGCGGCGUUCCUCCACCCGGCGGUUCUGACUCAGCUCAACUUCCCGGACAGCCACAAGCUCGGGAUGUACAUGCCCCUCUUCCUGCCGGUCAGCGUGCCGCUGCUGCAGGGGCUGGCUCGGGAGCUGCUGCGCCACCGCCGGCGGCGGCGCGAGUGGCGGAGUCAGCACAACCCCUGGCGCGUCGCGGACGUGGCGUGCCGCGCCGCGUCCAGCGAUGAUGAGGCAGCGCCGGAGAUCAUGGGUGACUGGCGGGCCUUCAGAGCCAAGCUCGUGGCGCAGUCCGGCGAGUCCGAGUGGUCCGCGCGCCGCUCCGACGACAACAUGCGGCUGCUGGAGAUCCAAAACCCCUCCCUAGCGGGCGAGGAGGUCUGGGCGCACGCGACCCCCGGCCCCGAGCGCGGCGGGCUGCUCAUCGCGGCGCCGGACGCGCCGGAGCUCCUGGGAAGCGAGCGCUACUGGCAGGUGGUGGUGCUGGUGAUAUCUCAUGACGCAGCCGGGACAGUGGGCAUAAUCCUCAAUCGGCCCUCGGGGCUGGUCAUGGGCCGCAAGCAGGCGAGCAGCGGCGGACUGCCAUUUGACAUGGCAGGCGGGCCCCCGGGGCUGCAGGAGGUGUUUGCCGAAAACAGGGUCUACUGCGGCGGCUUCCUCGCGCAGCAAUUUGACCAAGUUGAAGAAGAUUUAGAAGCACUGCGGAAGAAAGACCCCGCGGCAAGCUGCCAGCGGCAGCAGCAGCAGCAGCAGCAGCAGCAGCAGCAGCAGCAGCAGCAGCAGCAGCAGCAGCAGCGGCAGUACUUGCAGAAGCACGAGUGGUCAUGGAAGCAGCAGGAGUGGAACGAGGCGGUGGCGCAGGUGGCGGGCGGGAAGCUGCCGGGCCACGACUUCAAGUUCUUUGCAGGCGCGCUGGCCUGGGAGCCUGGGGAGCUUGAAGCGCAGAUUAAAAAGGGCGGCUGGAUCACGGCCGCCGCGUCGCGGCCGCUGCUGCUGAAGCAGGUCCUGCAGCUGCCCAAGCCACUUUGGCAGGAGGUGAUGGAGCUCAUGGGUGGCAGCUACGCGGCAGCUGCACGUGCAGCACGGAAAGAGGACGGUGACGAGUGA